GAUUAUUAUAUUUGCAUUUGUCUGAUUGUGGUAUUGAUUAUUUAGUUUCUUCUCUACAGUUCGUAUGUCUUUUUCUCCUUGUGACGGACGGUAUAUCAAAAAGCAGGUGUAAAAACCUUUUAUUAAAGGAAAUGGAGGGAGUCAAGAUGAAUGACUGUAUUUAACAUUUUAGUAUAUGUAUUUACAUUACACAUUAGCCUUGCAGUAGCCUUAGUCUUGUAGCCUAGGUGCACCGGACUUCUUACAGCCUCCUAUUGAAAUGAGAACUUUUUGUUUUAUUUUUAACGUUGUUUGAACUUUAAUUUAUUUCUUUCCUCACCUGUUGAUGUCACAUACUGCAUUGAAUCGGUUGUUUUUAAUUGAUCAUUUUCUUGGUUUUGUGUACAUUUCUACGAGUGUAGGUUGAUCAAUGAUAUGAGCAGUUCUUCCACUUACCGGGAGGUGGCAGCAGCAGCUCUGCGAGAAAAAAAAAUACCUCACGAAGAAGAGUAAAACCCGGAUAUGAUGUAAGUGCAGAAUCAAAACAGUUAAAAUUUGACAGCUCGGCAUCGUCCCGCUAAUGGUUUAUAAAAUGCAAUGGGAAAUGUUACUGCCACUGUCAGAAAUAAACUACAUUAUCUAACCAACAUCUUUAGUGACUGGGGCGACUUUUUAGCGGACUGUCGAGGAAUGCUAACCCGAGGAAAAGGCUCUUUUGGCUAGUUUACCUAGUAACUGCAGCGGUUCUUCUCCGGCUAACUGAUUAGCUCCCCCGGCUAACGAAAGUUGCUCCAUGGCGAUCUAUGGGUUGAACAUGACCAUAUAUAGACCGGCCACAGAGCUCCCUCGCCGGUGAAAUGUAAACGGUGACUCGCUCAGGAGGCCGACAAAGGGCAAGCAAAAACAAAACUCAACCUGAAGUUAAUAAAAGACACCCAGCUUGCUAGCUUCACCAUGUCAUCUGACCAGAUUAUUGCCAUCGUCAUGGAUGACAAAAUCUACGAGGUGAAUAAGAAGAAGCUGAUAGAGAAGAGCGACUAUUUCCGUGCGCUGUACAGCUCAGGUAUGAGGGAGUCCACGGAGGACUCGGUGCAGCUGCAGGGGCUCAGCGUCCCCGGGCUGGAGCUGGUCCUGGAGUUCAUCAACACCUCUAAAGUUCAGGUUGUCAAUGAGACUCUGGAGGACCUGAUUGAGACCGCCUCCUUUUUACAGGUCACCUCCAUCCUGAAGCUCCUGACCUCGGAGAUCCGGCUUGACAACUGCGUGGAGCUGUACAGCCUCUCUGAGGUUUAUGGGACUCAUGAUCUGCGUAAUGCUUGCCUCAAAUACAUGACCUGCUACUAUCAUCCCAUGCUGAGGCGGCCUGAGUACAGCAGCCUCCCCUCUGCUGUUCGAGACCAGGUCAGGGAGAUGCGCAUGAAAGGCACUGCCACCCUGGUAGCCAUCGGAGACUUCACCUGUCUGUCCUUGGACGUGCCUGAUCAGGAUGAACCCUGGUCCAUGCUGAGGUACGGAGAGGUGGAGCAGCGCUGGAAACCGCUGGCAAACAACCUGCCUCCAGAUAUGAUCAACGUCAGAGGAUACGGCUCAGCUGUCCUUGACAACUACCUGUUCAUUGUUGGUGGUUACAGGAUGACGAGUCAGGAGAUCUCUGCGGUGCACUGCUACAACCCCUGCAGGAACGAGUGGAACCAGGUGGCUCCGCUCAACCAGAAAAGGUCCAACUUCAAGCUGCUGGCGGUACAAGGGAAGCUGUACGCAGUAGGAGGCCAGUGUCUGGGCACGGUGGAGUGUUACAGCCCGGAGCAGGACUGGUGGACCUGUGUGUCCUCGAUGCCCGACCCGCUGGCUGAGUUUUCCGCCUGUGAAUGCCAGGGAAUGAUCUACGUCAUGGGUGGAUACACUGCAAGAGAUAGAAACACAAACGUCCUCUGCUACUGCCCCACCUCUGACACCUGGACGGUGUUUCGCUCCUGUUCAGCCCACAUCCGCAAGCAGCAGAUGCUCUCAGUGGAGGACACCAUCUACCUGGUGGGCGGCUACACCCACGAGCUGGAGGCGGGCCGGAGGCAGCGACGCCCCAGCCAGACGGAGGACGUACUGACUGUGCAGUCCUACAACGUCACCACGGGGGAGUGGAUCCAGCUGAAGGAGAACACGUCCAAGUCGGGCCUGAACCUGACGUGCACGCUGCACAACGACGGCAUCUACAUCAUGAGCCGGGACGUCAGCCUGCCCACCAGCCUGGAGCACCGCGUCUUUCUGAAAUACAACAUCUUCUCCGACGCCUGGGAGGCCUUCAGGCGCUUCCCGGCUCUGGGACAGAACAUGCUGCUGUGUUCGCUUUACCUCCCCAACAUGCUAUGACUCACAGGGCUGAUGGGAAACACUUGCGUGAACACUAACAGAUAGAGGAGCCUGUGCAGCAUUAAUAUUGGCCAGUGUGUGGCUUGCUUGUUCUUGCACAGAUUGCAGCUCUGUGGCAUUAGUGGGAACAGCGUGCGGUUGCCAGGUUGAACCCCUCGUGACCUCUGUGCCUCGGAAAGAAAAAAAAAAAAAAAAAAAAAAAGCACUACAUUGUACAUACUGCUGUGGAUGCAAAAACAAACGCUACAAUGACAAGUAUGAAAGCGUUGAAGCGCCAUGGCCCGUAGGUCAACAGCAUCAUAACAGCUAGGCCCAGUUUGUGCCUCUCAUGGAUUAGCAUUAAAGUUGCAUUCAAAUCACAGUGGUAAUCAUCUGUACUCUGAAAAUAAUUGCCCAAAAAACCCACUUAUGUCUGUUCUGAUGGUAUUUCCAGCACCCUCAAAGACUCUUAACCAUCUGGAUGAAAAAUGUUUUGCAUACUGGACGAUGAAAACGAUUUCUCUUUCUUUUUUUUAAUCAUGCAGCAGGCCGAAUAUUUUUCCAUCCAGAUGGUUAGAAGAGUGUUUGAGGAUUCUGCACAUGCCUUCAGAACAGACAUAAGUGGGUUUUUUAAACAUCGCUGAGUAAUUAUUUUAGAUUCUUAGCACGGUGACUCAAAUGUAACACUAGUGCAUGAGAGGCACACGCUGCAGCUACGUAACAGCAUGCUUUUAAAUCUAUGGGCCAGAAUAUUCCUGAUGUUUACACUCCACAUACGGCAUUGGUGUACAUGUUUAUCCAUAAGUCACUACAGACCUUAAAUUAUCUCAGAAACAAAACACAUUUUCUUCUCUUCAUGUAUUGUACAUAGCAGAUAAUCAUGAGAAAUGGCUUUGGUUUUACACUGCCAGUUUUAUGGGAAUUAGAAGAUUCUUUGAAGUUGUACUGUGGGAUGUGAAUUGGCUCAGAGGGAGCUUUAUGUGUUGUAUGUUAACUUGCACACCUGUCUUAUUUUCCAGAGACACACUAAGCAAAGCUUAAAGCGCAAAUUCCAUUAAAUCAAUGAUGCACAUGUGCCUUCUGCAACCUCAGUUGAUAGGAACUUGAUACAAAAAAAAAGCACAAAAUGCAAGACUUUGUUACAUUGCCAGCAACUGACCAAAACUGCUGUGUUUUAUUUUCCUUUCUGCUAAAGCAGAUUUUGUUUUCAUUAAGGUUGUUCUUAGUUCCUUGAUUAAACAAUGAGUGUGCGCAGAUUUCAAAAAUAAGCCUCAAAGCAACAUUUAUUUCUUAAACUCUAAUUUUGGAGAAAGUGCCGCACUUAAAAUGUUUGAUUUGAAGGAUUUCAGCUUUUCUCUGCAUUACUUCUAUCUGUUUGACAGUUUGGAAAUUUAGGUCAUGAUAAUAAAGAUGAUGUUCAGGGGUCUAUUUUCAA